CAUUAUCUUUGACUAGGAUUUUUUAUAUUUUUUUCAGCUGUCAGGACACAUCUCUUAACAUCUCAGCUGCCAGGACGAAAUUCUAAACAAUUCAAUUGGCUAGUUCAGCUAUCUGUCAAGAAAAUUGCACGUUGUAACUGGAUCCUACUGCUACGAUGGGAUAGAGCUAAGCUGUAACUCCGCUCCCUUUCACAUCUCUCUCCAUCGCUCAUAUCACUUACUGCUGUUUAUUGCUACUAUGAGAACUAGUUCAAUAGCGAUGGCAUUUUCUUAUCAAGCCAUAAAUGGGCAUAAUAUCUAACAAGGAGAGCGAUGGUAGGAAAAAAAGGUGACACAAUGAUGCAACUUCUGUCUGAAUGACUCAUCUUCCCAUAGUUUGCAAAGUGAGAAGGUACACACACGUGCUGACCUACAGCUUUUUUGGUCCAUAAGCAUGCAGGAAGAUUCUUAGGUAGCUACACCUAUUGUCAACCUUUAUUUAGGCAUUUUAAAACAGUUCCUUCUUUCUAUUUUAUGACAAUCAUCUAAUCCAACUAUUAACUGUCAAUUUACUGAUACGAUUGUGGUUGGUCAGGUCAGCACACCAGUAAAUAGCUAACAUUACACCGCAAGUCAGAUGGCUCCUUGUCGGAAAUGGUGCAUGUUCAAAAUGAUAACCCGCUAACUUUAGCUAACUAUGUUGGCUAUUAGCUCCUAUCUGAUAUAUUAGCACCAUGUUUAUCUAGCCAGCAUAGUAGCUAAUAUAGAUAGCUAUCUAACGCCACAGAUGAAAGGGUUAGUUAUCGUAAUCUGUGCUAACAGGUCACAUAGCUAUCUGCUUAGCUAGCUAGCUACCUAGCAUAUUGCAUGCAUGUGCGGGCACGUCAACACAAUCCUUAUUAUUAGUGAAUUAACUAAACUAAUAUUUGCAACAGGAGUUAGAUUUUGGCCACUGUGUCAAUACUGCAACUUUCUGUUGGAGAAUAAUUUAUCUUGCUGCUGCUGAUUUUCCCAGUUAGACAUUCCUCCGCAUUGUGCAGUGCUCGUGGCUCAGGCGGUAAAUUGCGGCUGGCUAGCAGCAGUUUUGCUAUGUAGAGGGACUAUCCGCAAAGCCGAUAACGAUAAAGAAGGACCCAAUAUUUUGGCUCGGCCGAUUAUCGCUUGUUCUCUAAAUAGCACAUUAUCCAAAUAGGCUGUCGCAUGGUAGCCUUUAGCCUAGAGUAUUUACUUCAUACAAAAUCGGCAUAAAUUCAAAGUACACGCAUAAUUGACACUGCCAGACUGAAUGACCUGAAUGCAGUUAAUAAACCCUACAGGAAACCAUAUAGCCUAUAAAAUAACGUAUGCCUCGUAUGCCUCUUUGCUGACAGUCACAAAUUUGAUAAGCCUAUGCAGAGUUCACUACAUAGGCAUCUCUGUCACAGACAAUGAAGUCUGUUAACAAUUCAUAGAGGCAUGAGGAAAAAUUCUAUAUUUUCCUGUCCAGUCCCAAUUCCACUGAAACCCAAAAUCCUGUCGUGCAUGACAAUUCCUUAUUUUAUUCUGUAAUCAAUAGGUUGCAUUAUCAAAGCAUGUCUCUUGCCAAUGCUUGUCAAAAUAGCGAUAUAACAUUUCCCCCGCUUCUCUGCGCUGUCUCGUACUUACUUCGGUAGAGAAUAUGUGAUCGAUAAACGGUAUGAGAGUAGAUAUGGAUAUUUUUUAAACAGGUUAAGAUACCUUGGUAUUUAAACUAUUUCCACUAUUUAAACUGGUCUGCUAUAUGUAUAACCAUCAACCCGAUUUUGCCAAAUAUAGGAGAUAUUCUGUCAUUCUUUGAUGGAAGUUAUUUAGCAAGUUUAGCAACUUUGGUCAUUUGACUUUUGUUACUGCCAUUACAAAAUGUGUAUGAUUCGACAACGCUAUACUCGAAGGACGCUCUGUGCAUCUUGAGCGCGCUCUGUGUCGGGAUAGCCUACUGCUGAAAUGCACUGAAUUGAGAAACAUAACGUUCAAAAUUGAUGAAUUGUCUGUUUCGCAAUUCACAACAGUGUCAUUGGCGUAUAGUAUUUUUUUGUUUUCAGGGCAUUGAUAUGAAUUCAAUAUGCGUUUACAGUUUGAAUGUGAUGGUAGAGUGAUAGUAGGAAAUGGAUGGAGGGGUGUUGGAGGAAGGCGGUGCCGUGCCAUGCAUGAUGAAGGUGUGAGAGGUGUUGAAGAGAAAACUGUCAAUCUAGAGGAGCUGUGGUCUGGAAUGUUCUACAUGUGGGAACACGCUACCUCUGUUAUGGAAGACCCCUUAAAGGAGACAGCUCUGCAGUGACCAGCUCAACUCACGCUAGGCUAUACGACAGCAGCCUCUAAUUCAACUUGAGCUAAGGCUAGCACUAAUGCUAACAUGCCAUCCCCAUGCUAAGAGCCUAUUCUCAUUGACGAAAGUUUAAGCAGAGGCACUACGACAAGAUUUCAAUUGACAUAAUAUGUACAUCAACUGUUUCAAUAUACAUGACAUUCUUGUCUUCCUUACAUUUCGUUGAGGCUGGCAACGUGGCAUUCUUGCUCUGCAGAUCCAAUUUACCGUAAACAUCACAGUAGCCAUUAGAAAUGCAAACUAUUCAACAAUGCGAGUUUAAGGUAGGUAGCAAAUUAAACAAAAUGAUUUCUGCAUUCUCCUUAGUUACAUCAUAAUAGCUGCAUUAGCUAGUUAGCCGAAUGCGGAUGUUUGCUAAACCUGGAACUGCUUUGAGGUCGUCCCUAAAAAAUUAUAAUAAUGUACAAUAAAUUAAGACUACAGAUUAUUGAAUGGGAUAAUAUACACAAUUUUUUGAGAAUGAUAAUUUGAAACAUACAGUUUUAAUGAGUAAAUGUAUUUAUACAUGUUUUCAUUUUGAUAAGACAUUAAUCUACAAUGGAUGGAAGGUUAUUUGUUGAUGUAAAAAUCUAAAUGUACCGAUUUUAAGGUUGUGCCAUUAGAUUUGGGGUGAGGUGGGGUCACGGAAAUUGUUUGGGGGGAAAAAUGGGGUCUCCAGAAAUUGUCUGAAAAAAUGGGGUACCCACUGAAAAAGUUUGAAUACCACUGCCAGGCUUAAUUUGAUCAAUAUCAUAGAGCUCUUUAUAUGAGGUAAAAAGCUAAUGUACACGUGCACACACACACACACUGUGCCUUUAGGGCCCAUGUCAAUAAAAUCAGCCAAGCAAAAAAGAAACUUAGUUUCAAUCUAGUGAACUCAGAAUAGCUUCCUUACGCAACUUUACAGGCCAUGUUCCACUAAUUUGAUUGCACUGGUUAAAAAGAAACUAUUUAUUCUGACACGCUGGUACUUUUUAAUAGUACACUUCUUCAACCCUGCACACACACCAACACCCAACUCUGGACCCUAUGUAUGUUGUUUUAUAAGUGAAAACAUUCUCGGUAUCCAGUCUGUAAUUUGGUGGUUUUAGCGCAGCUUGCAGGAAAUCUGUUUCCUUAAGGGAAAGAGAACUUGUCAUUAGCGUCUACUGUGGAGGGGCUCGUCUGGGCUGAGAGGAGAAUGCACGUAUCAAAACAGUCUUUACAGAGAGAAGACUGCCAUGCGAUGCGUGUUGCAACACGACCCAGCCCUCAUCACUCAGAUCCAGCCUGUCUGUUUCCCUCUCUCUUUCCCAGCAGGCAGCAUCUGCUCAUCAGCCCAUGGCUUGUCAACACUGCCUGCGGAAAAACAAGACCUGUCAGACAAACAAUCUUUGCAUGAUUUGCAGGGUUACUUGCUUUGCGAUUUGUAAGAGAUUUGGCUUCUCUUUUUAUUAUCUGUUAGGUAAACUGUACACACAGAGCUGCGAACUGUACAGACACACAGAGACAUCUCUUGUUGCGUUGAAUGGGGAUGGUACUUUCUGAACCCUUUGAAAAAUGUCAAGCCAGAAGCUGCUUCACCACCACAUUUUUUAUCUGCCCCUAUUGAUGCUCAUAUCGCCGUUGGUUUUACUUAUGUCAACUGACCAAACCAUCCUCCUCACCCUCCAUCAUCCCUUCAUCCCAUCCUCCUCACCCUCCAUCCCCUCCUCGUCCUCCUGAUCCCUGGCACCUCUAUUUUCACUGCUGUCACGAUGGCUGUGAUUUUUCUGAUUUUUUUCCCCCUGCUCUGUUUAUGGGAGCUCUGACUCUAUCCCAUCUCUCUCUGUGUGUGAUUUUCCAUUAGGUCUGAGCUCGCACAUUCCCCAAGCUGACAUUCCAGGGAUGGGAAGUCAUUGGAGGAGAUGUGCCAGUGUUGCGAGGCGUUUGUGUUACAAGGGGCCUGCAUGGCCUGCCACGUAGUAAUGACGGUUUGUGUUUUAGUCAAAAUAUAGCAGAACCAGCAGUGGAGAAAAAUACCAAAAAACACAUUUCUCAUUCUGUCUAUCAGAGGUGAAAUACAGACGUGAAGAAAGAUGAUGUGUUUGGAUUUUGAGUAGCGUGUGUGGUUGUAUGUGAGCGUGAGAAGAGAGGGGAAAGUCCCUCCACAUUUCACCAUACCAAGGCUGGCUCUGAUGGAGAAUGUCCACUCCUCCUCCGACAGGCACGAGGUUGGCGAGGGCAAGGCCAGCGAGCUGUCAUUAUGGAGACCCCCACUCAACACCAUCACCGUUUCCAAGAAACGCAACUGGCUCCAGCAGAGCUCUGGGAGGCCGCAUCACACCACCCAGGAUGACUCCCAGUGCAUUCUGGGAGCAGAGGAGGACAAUGGACAAGGACAUACACCCCGACCCCCUCCUAGCCCCUCCCCGGAGUACCUAAAACCCCCCGGACCGCCGCCCUCCCGGCCCCUCCGCCUGCACCUACCCCAGGUGAGCAUGUGCCACGCCCGCGUUGGACCCCAGCCCAGGUGUGUGGACCCGGCCGAGGAGAAUGAUGCAGAUGACGAGGGGGAGAUCUGGUACAACCCCAUCCCUGAGGAUGAAGAACCAGAGCUACCUCACAUUUACAGACCCACCGCCAUCCCCCAGGUUAGACUGAUGGUCCCUACACGGCCCCAGGAGCCCCAAGCCCCCCAGAUCCAGAGGAGGCCCAGCCGGGAAGGGGUGGCCGGGCGGACCCUGGAAGGCUGCAGCCCUGACCUGGAGGGUGUGGGGGAGAGCCUGGGUGGUGGGGGUGGAGGUGGAGAGGGGAGUCAGCAGGGGAAUGCUGUACAUUCCAUGGAGCCGUCGGUACAGCUGCACAGACAGAUGCUGCACACAUGCAAACCUCAGGAGGAGGGGCCAGCCAGUUCCAGCAGAGCCACAGCUGCAGCAGAAGGCCCUGACCUGGCCACCCCCGGCUUCUCGCCUCCCUCCAGCCCCAACCCUGCUAAGAAGGGAAGCUCCCUCAACUGGUCAUUCCCGGACAAGAUCAAGUCCCCGCGCACCGUCAGGAAACUCUCCAUGAAGAUGAAGAAGCUUCCGGAACUCAGCCGCAAGCUCAGCGUCAAAGGGAUCCCUAGCAACAACAACAACACCAGCGGUAACGGAGCCAGCGCGAGCAGCCAAUCAGAGACAAGGACCCAGUGUCCCAAAACCAAUAGUGGGUCAGAACCAGGCUCCGCUCCUCCCAGGUUGUCCCCAGGGGGCGGGCAGGGGGCGGCCGCCAGCCGUAAUGUGAUCUCGAGAUAUCACUUGGACAGCAGUGUGUCGACACAGCAAAGUUACAGCAAGAAGAAGAGCAGCGGGACCUCCAUGUCGGCUAGCAAGGGGGGCUACCUCAGUGACGGGGACUCCCCAGAACUGGUGGCCAAGUCUGGGAAGCACAGGUCCUCAGAGGGCAAGGGAGGCAAGGGGAAGGAGAAAGAGAAAGACCCAGCCACUGGAGGAGGAGAGAGAACAGGAGCAGGAGGAGUAACAGGAGGAGGUGGCAGCUCCAAGCUGCACGGCACAGAACUAGACAUUGACGCGUUCCGCCACUACUCCUUCACAGAACAGCCCAAGUGCACCCAGUACAUCUCAGGCCUGAUGAGCCUGCACUUCUACGGCGCUGAGGACCUCAAGCCGCCACGUGUCGACUCCCGGGACGUCUACUGCGCCAUCCAGGUGGACUCGGUCAACAAGGCACGCACUGCCCUGCUCACCUGCCGGACCACCUUCCUAGACAUGGACCACACCUUCAACAUCGAGCUGGAGAACGCCCAGCACCUGAAGCUAGUUGUGUUCAGCUGGGACCCCACACCCAAGAAGAACCGGGUGUGCUGUCAUGGCACUGUGGUGCUACCGGCUCUCUUCAGGGUGACCAGGAGUCAUCAGCUGGCCGUGAAGCUGGAGCCACGAGGCCUGAUCUACGUGAAGCUGAACCUGAUGGAGCAGUGGCAGAACUCCCUGGAUGGAGGCUACGAUGGGGACCGGGAGCGACAGAUGUUUGGGGUGGAGGCCUGGAGGGUUGUGGAGAGAGAGAACUCAGGACUCAUGGUGCCCCUGCUCAUCGAAAAGUGCAUCACAGAAAUUGAGAAGAGAGGCUGCCAGGUUGUGGGCCUCUACCGUCUGUGUGGUUCAGCGGCAGUAAAGAAGGAGCUUCGGGAGGCCUUUGAAAGGGACAGCCUGGGUGUGGAGCUCUGUGAAAACACCUACCCUGACAUCAACGUCAUUACAGGUGUGCUGAAGGACUACCUGCGUGAGUUGCCGUACCCCCUCAUCACUAAGCACCUGUAUGAGGCUGUGUUAGACUCCAUGGCUAAGAGGCCUCUGCGUAUUGGAGCAGGAGGAUGUGAGAACGACCAGGCAGACACAGAGCAGACUGUCAGCCUGCUGGAGAACCUGCCAGUGGUGGAGAGGUUGACCCUGCGGAGGCUGCUGGACCACCUGAAGCUGGUGGCGUCGCACCACGACGUCAACAAGAUGACGUGUCAGAACCUGGCAGUGUGCUUCGGUCCCGUGCUGCUCAGCCAACGCCAGGAGGCCAGCUGCCAUAGCAACCGCGUCUUCAUCGACUCAGAAGAGCUGGCCAGUGCCCUGCACUUUAAGAAGCACAUCGAGGUGCUGCACUACCUUCUGCAGCUAUGGCCAGUGGUGGACCCACAUGGAAAGACCUCAUCCCCCAUCCUGGAGCACCCCGGCCCAGCCGACCAGCCUGCCGCUCCACCCCUGCGUCGGAGGAAGGAGCGUCCCCAGGUGCUGAACUUGAGUGAUGCAGAGAUGGCCGGGGUGCUGCGACCUAGGCCGGGCCGACUGGACAGCCCUAGCAACCGUUACGCCGGUGACUGGAGUCGCUGUGGAGAGCGCUACCUCCCCCCUCCUCUGGCUCAGGAGGAAAAUGACUAUGAUGAUGUUCCUUCUGAGGAUAUGGAGGUCACUGAGGAGGGACAGGAAGGAGAGGACAGGGGGAAGGAAGGGGGAGAGGAGCUGAGACAGGAAGGAUUACUGGACAGUGGACAGGAGGAAGGACAGGCAGAGCCACCUACAGCAAAACAGGAACCCCCACUACUCCAGGAGGUGAUGGAGGGACCUGUAGAGAAGGAGGAAGAGGAGAGAGAAGCAGAAGAGGAGAGAGUGGAGGAGAGCGAUGUCUCCAGUGACGGUCAGCCAUCAGACGAUAGGGUGUGUGAUGAUGAGGAUGAGCGCAUCCUGCCCCUCCACAACCCCAAAGAGCACACAUACCAGGCUUACAUGAAGAUCCAGGACAUCAGCCCCGUUCUCAGCAACAGGGUCAACCUGCGAGACCUGCAGGAGAGCAUCGACACGCUCAUAGGCAACCUGGAGAGAGAGCUCAACAAGAACAAUCUCAAAGUUAGCUACUAACACAACACACAUUCAGCCUAACAGGCUACUGACUCAAACACACAGCCCAACAGGCUACUGACUCAAACACACAGCCCAACAGGCUACUGACUCAACACACAGCCCAACAGGCUACUGACUCAACACACAGCCUAACAGGCUACUGACUCAAACACACAGCCCAACAGACUACUGACUCAAACACACAGCCCAACAGGCUACUGACUCAACACACAGCCCAACAGGCUACUGACUCAACACACAGCCCAACAGGCUACUGACUCAAACACACAGCCCAACAGACUACUGACUCAACACACAGCCCAACAGACUACUGACUCAAACACACAGCCCAACAGACUACUGACUCAACACAUAGCCCAACAGACUACUGACUCAACACACAGCCCAACAGACUACUGACUCAACACAUAGCCCAACAGACUACUGACUCAACACAUAGCCCAACAGACUACUGACUCAACACAUAGCCCAACAGACUACUGACUCAACACACAGCCCAACAGACUACUGACUCAACACAUAGCCCAACAGGCUACUGACUCAACACAUAGCCCAACAGGCUACUGACUCAACACAUAGCCCAACAGGCUACUGACUCAAACACACAGCCCAACAGACUACUGACGCAACACACAGCCCAACAGGCUACUGACUCAACACACAGCCCAACAGACUACUGACUCAACACACAGCCCAACAGACUACUGACUCAACACACAGCCCAACAGACUACUGACUCAAACACACAGCCCAACAGACUACUGACUCAACACACAGCCCAACAGACUAGUGACUCAAACACACAGCCCAAAAGACUACUGACUCAACACACACAGCCCAACAGGCUACUGACUCAAACACACGGCCCCCGAAGAUGGAAAAGGCUUAGCUAAUUCUAAGGGCUUCGAGACUGGAGAGUUGUUGGGGUUCAGGAAUUUGGCUCCAGGGUUGCCGUGGUGACCUUUAAUAAAGACGACUCAGUGGCACGUGCACCCGUGUCGUGCGCCCCUGCAGAACUCUGGUGUUUAGAACUCUGGUGCGUGAUUGGCUGGACACUUGAUUUAGCACCUACCCACAAGACAUUAUUAGAUGUUUCAUUAAUGUUUUGCUUUUGAUGACUUGUUUUUACAUGUCGCUCAUGUUCUGUUGUUCUUAUCCGGUUGUUGUUGUUGUUGUUGUUGUUGUUGCUUCUCUUCUUAUUAGAAGAACCCAUUGACCCCCAGGGGUGUAAACGGUGCCUUAAUUGUGUGAAGGUGGGACUUUAAGGCAGGGGACAGCUUUUCUAUUGAGGUACGAAACAUUAUGACGUACAGCAAUGCACUUAUGAGGCAGGCUUUAGUGUAUAGUACAAGUCAUUUAGGUAUCUGGUACAUGCAGUAUAGCUGGCUAUGGACUGGGAGGAGAACCAGGGAGGGGGCUAGACCUCUGAACCCUCCUCCUCCUCAGGUACGAGUACAAACGUAUCAUACAGUCACAUACAUACAUACCUGCUUCAAUACCAUGAAGAAACACAUAAACAAGGAGAUAAUGGGUGAUGAGUGUUUCUCUCUACCUGCUAGAACAGAGCAGCUAAUCUGUAGCAACAAAGAGAGAUAGAAAAAAUAACUAAAGUGAUGUCAUGUAUUUGAAAAAUGAAUAAGUGAAUAUGACAUGGGUGAAAACCAUUAAUAUCUGGUUUUCUUUUAGCCCUUCUUCCCCAACCUCCCACAUGAUCUCGACCAGGGUUUGGUCUUAAUGUGCACCCAGGGGUUCCCCAGAACCCCUGAUCAAGACCACACGUACCAAACUCAUUCCACGGAGGGCCCAGGGUCUGCGGGUUUUCGCUCCUCCCUUGCGCUUAAUUGAUUAAUUAAGGUAAUUAAUUAGUAAGGAACUCCCUACACCUGGUUGUCUAGGGCCUAAUUGAAAUGGAAAAACCAAAAAACCUGCAGACACUAGGCCCUCCAUGGAAUGAGUUUCAGACCCAUGAUCUAGACAGACAGUGAUCACCUGCGGGUUUAAAGAGGAAAAAGUCAAAUAUGGGAAACUUACGUAUGGUACAUACUGACUGCAGAACAGCAGUUCACGUGUUUCAUAGAAACAGUUACUGUGUGGAGAGGGUUCUGGCUAGUACGACAUGUGAGUCCACUACCUAAAUAGAUAAAAGCAAGUUUUCAGAAAUCCAGGGAUUCAGAAUGAUCAGUAUUUAACAUAUUUAUGUAUAUAUAAAUGUAUUUGGAGUAUAUAUAUAUAUUAUUUUUUACAGCUUAUAUAUAUAUUUCCAUACAGGCAUAUUUAAAUGCUCACCAUAACCUUGUAGUGUUGACCCAUGAUAGACUAUAUAGACGGAUUGGUUGUUUAGCAACAAAACCAACACAUGUGCAACUAUGGGGUUAAACAGAUGGGGUUGGCUUAGACUGUUGAUAACAUGUCAACUAUAUUUUGUUUCUAAUGUUCAUUGAAAACAAAUACAUUUGCACAAUGAGCACUUGUCUCUCAAAUACAUUGUUACAGUUGGUUAGCUAGCUAGAGAAUAUUCGCCAUAUUAGCAUAGAUGUGACAUCAGUCAAAACAAGACAUGGUAUCAAGAACAAGAUAAAACAAGCUGAAACGAGCCACCUACAAUUCCCCACAUGGCAGAUUCUUGUCAUUGUUGCUAGCUAUCUGUCCAUCCAGGACCACAACACACGGCCUUCUGCCCCAUUGAACUGCGUGCAUGGUUUUCGUGACGUUGUCACCUAACCCGUCUGUUGCUUUGUUUCCUCCCACUUAAGCUACCUGUACACAUCUUAAACGUGCUGGACUAAUGGUACAACUUAAGCUGUAAUAUAUAUGACAUAGAAAUACAUUCUUGCAGAAAGAGAGAUAUUGUUAUUUUUGUUAUAUUUUUUUGUACAUAUUUGGCAUCUGUUUUGUCGCCGGUUGGUCUAAUCUGAGUUCAUAGUUGUGUUUAAAAGGUACUGAUGAACAUUGUUGCAUGGUCAAAAGCUUUAUUACUGACUUAAACAAGUAUAUUUCCCACCUGAGGUUAUCGUAUCAUAUUUAUGUGUACAUGGAGAUUCUUUUCUAUUUGUUCCUAUCCCACUUUUUUGUCAUCCCUUUGACAGCUGCUGACACAGACUAACAACCAGGUUCAAAAGAACAUUUAAUUGAAAGACUAAAAGAAAGGAAAAUCAUUCAGCUAGCUAGUCCCUAAGGCGAUUGCAGUGCAGUAGUUUCCUAUGGUGAUGGGAAACUAUCCAGUGAAUCUUUCAUUAUAUAAGGAUGUUUUUCUGGUUCUAGCCUGGCUCUUGUUCCUCUCCUCCGGAUCUGGCCCUUGUUCCUCUCCUCCGGAUCUGGCCCUUGUUCCUCUCCUCCGGAUCUGGCCCUUGUUCCUCUCCUCCGGAUCUGGCCCUUGUUCCUCUCCUCCGGAUCUGGCCCUUGUUCCUCUCCUCCGGAUCUGGCCCUUGUUCCUCUCCUCCGGAUCUGGCCCUUGUUCCUCUCCUCCGGAUCUGGCCCUUGUUCCUCUUCUCCGGAUCUGGCCCUUGUUCCUCUCCUCCGGGUCUGACCCUGGUUCCUCUCCUCCGGGCCUGGCCUGGCCCUGUUUCCUCUCCUCCGGGCCUGGCCUGGCCCUGUUUCCUCUCCUCCGGGCCUGGCCUGGCCCUGUUUCCUCUCCUCCGGGCCUGGCCUGGGCCUGUUUCCUCUCCACCGGGCCUGGCCUGGCCCUGUUUCCUCUCCUCCGGGCCUGGCCUGGCCCUGUUUCCUCUCCUCUGGGGCUGGCCUAGCACUGUAUCUAUCAAUGCAUUCCUCCCUCUUCACUCUUUCUCUAACCCCCUCCCUCCUUCCCUCUUAAUCAGUGUGUCACAUGUCCACAUUGUGUCUGAGCACGUGCACAUCGUUGUUUGCGUGUACAGUAAGUGUCAUACGGUCAGCGUGUUUCUGUAAUAGUUGUUUUGUUUAAUCUCUGUCCUGUUUGUAUGUCUGUCUUGGAAACAGAAAGCUAUGAUGAAAGCAUCCCUAAAUAGAAUAAUACUUUGAACUGAUCUUGAGAAAUGUAUGGUCAUAUUAAAGUAUAUAUUUCACAUGG